CAGCGCAGCGCGGUCAUGGCGUUCAUGCUGUAUUCACUGCUGCAGGCCGGGCUGCUCGUCGUCAACGCCAUCGCCGUGCUGCACGAGGAGCGCUUCCUCCGCAACGUUAGCUGGGCAAGUGAUCAAGGGGUUGGAGGAUUUGGAGAGGAACCAGGAAUUAAAGCACAGCUAAUGAACCUCAUUCGAUCUGUACGAACCGUUAUGAGAGUGCCAUUAAUAGCAAUGAACUCCGUUACCAUUGUGCUCCUCCUGUUGUUUGGUUGAAGAUACCUGUUGCAAAAUCUUUUGGACAUCCAAAGAAGCAAGUUGCUAGCCAUCACUGCUCUGAGUUUUCUGGGAUCCAGCACGGUUUAGCUGUCAGUUUGACAUUCAACUUAAAAUAAUAAAGACACUGUUUCUAUUUAUCCUAUUUCCUAAUGUUCACUUUCAGUUUCAUUAAACAAGAUAAUGGGAUCAAUGCAACAGUGCUGCAAA